GAGAUACACUACACACUUUGGUUUUGCUCUCUCCCCUCAAAACUCGAAUCUUUUCCCUUCCUUUCUUCAGUGGCUGCUUAUUCUCCUUCUUCCUUCUCCAUAUAUUCCUUCCCUUCUCUCUUAUCUGCCACCCACAAACGCUAUGGCUUUCAGAGGAGGAAAUGCUUCCUCUGGCAUGGGUGUUGCUGAGGACUGCCGCAACACAUUCUUGGAACUGCAGAGAAAGAAGGCCUUUCGCUAUGUGAUUUUUAAGAUUGAUGAGAAGAAGAAAGAGGUUGUGGUAGAAAAGACUGGAGGCCCAGCUGAAAGUUAUGAUGAUUUCACUGGUUCGUUGCCUGAAAAUGAUUGCCGAUAUGCAAUCUACGACUUUGAUUUUGUCACUUCAGAGAAUUGCCAGAAGAGCAAGAUCUUCUUCAUUGCAUGGUCGCCUUCUGUGUCACGGAUCCGUGCCAAGAUGCUCUAUGCGACAUCAAAGGACAGGUUCAGGAGGGAGCUGGAGGGUAUCCAUUAUGAGAUCCAGGCAACUGACCCCACUGAGAUGGAGCUUGAAGUUCUUCAGGAGCGUGCACACUGAGCGCUUAUUUUAAAAUGGUUUGGCAUUUCUAAGAAGUACUGAGGUUUCUUUCAGAAUAUGUGCAUUAUAUUUUCCUGAGAAGAAAAAAAUAGGUGUAGUUUAAUAUAUUUAAUAAUUAGCACCUGGGAAGGCUGAUUAGGAGGUCCUGGCAAAGAUCUCUUAUGCACAGGAAUUUGUGCUUCCUUAUUACCAUGAUGCUUCUCAGGUGAAAUUGGAUAUGGUUAUGGUUAAUGCUAAUUUGAUUCCUAUUAAGUUCUAUGAAUGAUGGCUCUUCUUCCAUUA